CAAACAGGGGCAGCGCGGCCAUUACAGUUUCACAAGAGUUCGACACAGAGUUGACCGUUGUGUCCUGUGCUGUCGGGGAAAUCGGGUUUUCAGUGUUGAAGAAGGCGUGACUUCUGUGAUCCAGGAGAGCCAUGAAGGACCCGAGUCUCAACAACGGCAACAACAUGAGCAUCAGCAACGAGGUCAUCCUCAGCAACCAGUUCAUCUCCGAGGAAGACCCGUUCGCUGAGUACAUGUGGAUGGAGAACGAGGAGGAGUUCAACAGACAGGUGGAGGAGGAGCUGUGGGAGGAGGAGUUUAUCGAGCGCUGCGUACAGGAGCUGCUGGAGGAGGAGGAGCAGUGGGAGUGGUUCAUCCCGUCCAGAGACCUCCCCGGUCAGACCGUCAGCCAGCUGCAGGACCAGAUCAGCCUGCUCGUCCUGGACGGAGAUGUGCAUGCUGACGCAGACUUCGCAAUUGUGGUGAACAGCAAUCUGAACCCAAAUGCCAAGGAGUUCAUCCCGGGGAUCCAGAAACACGCCAUCUGACCCCGCCAGGCUCCGCCCCCUAUCCCUGCCUCACUCCGCACUGUGACAUCAUCAACAAGAUGUCUGCUGUAUUUUCCAGUCGCCACUCAACCUUCAGCCUGACGUGUUGCCAAAGUUCUGUGCUCGCAUGUGUUCGACUUGAGUUCCCAUAGUUACUGAAAUCUCCACCUGUACACUGGUCUGUCUACCUGUGUGUGUGUGUGUGUGUGUGUGUGUGUGUGUGUGUGUGUGUGUGUGUGUGUUUAACUCUCUGAAUGUAAAUCAGCUUGAGAGUGUUUGUGUGUGUUUUCUCUUUGAUCCAGAACAAACCCCUUUCUGUUACUAUCAGUUCUGAUGUCUCACUCGGACAUUUUUAUUUGCACUUUUAUAAAAAGAAAAACCUAAAAACAAACUUUGUGUUCAUAUUUUAUUCUGAGGUUAGAACCAGUCUGAUCCAGUUUACACCUGGUCUGAUCCGGUUUAGAUUGGUUUUGUUCUUUGAUUCACUGCACUUCUCCAUAUAUCCCAGCAUCCUUUGUGGUUUUGGUCCGUGCUGCCUGUCAGAGCUGUCUGCUCUCUGCUGCCUCAUUAACUGCUGUUUGUUUGUCAGUUUUUCUAAAUGCACAUAAAGUACUGUAUAAAAAGUCAUAUAAAGGAAAAAGUUGUAAAAAAAAAAAAAAUCUAUUU